AAAUAUCCCUACAUGAAUUGAUAUUGAAUCGAGAAUCAAAUUAAAUUUGGAUCUUGUGAAGAAUUCAAAUUUUCGGCUACUAGAUAAGCGUAUCAAGCAAGUCAUGUGUCAGGGUAGGCGUUUUAUUUUCUUUAAAAGGUGCCCGGAAUUAGAGACGCCCCUGGUCCAAGGCUACACUAUGUGAAAACUCAAGGCAACAGCUGCCAUCGAUCUGCUCGGGAAACAGGCAACAUUGCAGCCCAAACCACGUGGUUUCUUGGAUACAGUAAUGCUCUAAAGGGUUAAAGAUCAGUUCGGUAGCAGAUCAGCAGGUUUGCUCUCCAGCAGUUUGCAUUGCUCGGCGGGCAGCUCUGGAUCGCUGCGAUAUUUCAGCUCGCUGUGAAUUGUGGGAGUCGAGGACUCUGCCCAGGCUUGUUACCGGAGAACGGGAGACAUUUUCCACUCUUCCCUGUUUUAGCCCAUCACUGGUAGUGGACUCAGCACUAUGUCCAGCCGAGGAGGAAAGAAGAAGACGACCAAGACGUCCCGGUCCACCAAGGCCGGGGUCAUCUUCCCUGUGGGGCGCAUGCUCCGCUACAUCAAAAGGGGCCUGCCUAAAUAUCGCAUAGGGGUGGGAGCACCUGUCUACCUGGCUGCUGUCCUCGAGUACCUCACUGCUGAAAUCCUGGAGUUGGCUGGUAACGCAGCCAGAGACAACAAGAAGGGUCGCGUCACACCACGACACAUCCUGCUGGCCAUCGCAAAUGAUGAGGAGUUGAACCAGUUGCUGAAAGGAGUGACCAUCGCUGCAGGUGGAGUUCUGCCCAACAUCCAUCCAGAGCUGUUGGCUAAGAAGAGAGGAGCAAAGGGAAAACUUGAGAGCCCUGUCUCACCUGCACCCGAGAAGAAAUCUAAACCAGUCAAGAAAUCUACAGCCAAGAAAAUUAGCGGGAGAAAGGCAGGAGGGAAGGCGAAGAAACAGGGUGAGGUGAGCAAGUCAGCAUCAGCAGACAGCACCACAGAGGGAUCUCCAGGUGACAGCUUCACAGUGCUCUCCACCAAGAGCCUCUUCCUGGGUCAGAAGCUCAACCUUAUCCACAGCGAGGUCAGUAACUUGGCUGGCUUUGACGUGGAGGGGGUCAUCAACCCCACCAAUGCUGAACUUGAACUUAAAGAUGAUCUAGGCUCUGCUCUGGAGAAGAAAGGAGGCAAGGAGUUCACUGAUGCACUGCAGGAAUUGAAGAAGAAGAAUGGCCCCCUGGAGGUGGCUGGUGCUGUCCUGACUGGUGGCUUUGGUCUCCCUGCAAAGUACGUCAUCCACUGUAACAGUCCAGGCUGGGGCUCCGACAAGUGUGAGGAUCUCCUCGACAAGACGGUGAAGAACUGCCUGGCUCUGGCUGACGAGAAGAAACUCAAGUCUGUGGCUUUCCCCUCAAUCGGUAGUGGGAGGAAUGGUUUCCCCAAGCAGACGGCAGCUCAGCUCAUCCUAAAGGCCAUCUCCAGCUACUUUGUUGCCACCAUGUCUUCCACCAUCAAGACCGUCUACUUUGUGCUGUUUGACAGUGAGAGCAUCGGCAUCUAUGUGCAGGAAAUGGCCAAACUGGAGACGAGUUAAGAGUUUGGAGCAUUUCAGAGAUUUGUGUGAUACUCCCUUUUCCCCCUCACUCUUGUUUUUCCUGAAAGGAAAUAGGAAGGUGUUUACUAGUGAUUUGUUUAAAAUGAAGAAAAAAAAGAAGAAUCUUUCUAUAGGCCGGGAACUUGUUUUUGCAUUAUGUUUGUAUUUUUCUUAUAUUGUUUUUAAUUUCUUAUUGUUGUCUCUUCUGAUAUUUCAAUCAAAAAAUGCACUGUUGAUUCUUCAGUCUUUUAAUACAAACAGUGCACAGAAAAAAUGGAUUUAGAAAGUGAGGUACUCACUUGAAGAUUUAAUUUUCACAGUUAAAGAUGUUAUAUGACAGAGAUAGCUACACCUCAAUGAACAGGCUUCCAGAGAAGUCUGAAGAAUACGGGUUAAUGCAUGCAAAGGCAAAAAGAGAGAAAACAGUUUUUAUUUUGAUCUCAAAAACACGAGACACUUAAUUCAGUGUGUUUUUUGUUCCUGUUCUGGGUUUUGGAAUAUUUUUGUUGUUGAUAGUGUUGGAUGUUGGUUGUUGGUCUUUAUGAGACCGAUGUAAAGGAACUUUGGAAUGAUUUUUUUGUUUGUUUUUGUGAUGUGUGAUGCAAAGGUUUGUUUUCUUGUGUGCUGCAGAGACUUUUAAUUUCCAAUAAAGGAAGCGGUUUAGAGAGAAGCAGGUCAAUUAUCAUGCUUAAGCCUGUAUAUCAUGUACUCAUCCUGGUACAUGAACCAUGCAUCCAUACUGUAAACUGAUGCUUGUCAUCUAUUGUAAAUUUAAUCACUUUAUGACAUAACUAGUGAAUGGAGAUUUGAGGUUUUUGCAGGGCACAAAUGGUUUAUCUUGUGUGUUCCUAUCUGUGUUUAUAUCGAUGGAGUAUUUGUGAAUUGUUCAAGUAAAAUACUAGACUGUAACAAAGUCAUUUUUAAUUUUCUAUUUUAAUUUUCACUCUGAUUCUAAAAGGUGGGUUGAAAGGAAAAAAAGGGGGUUUAUGUUUUGUGUGUUGUUUUUUUUUUUUUUUUUUAAGCCAUAAAAAAGUCCUGAUUUUUGAUGGGAAUCGAGGCCCUCUACUGUUCCUUAGUUUUUCUCUUUGGCAGCCACCAGAUGGCGCCAUGUAAUCAAUAAUUGGUGUUUUCAUCCCAGCCAUUGUCUGUGCAGCAGCAGACCUCUUCACACAGAUGCCGGUAGAUUUGAGUUGGAUUUGAAUUGGGACUGACGGAGGAAGACAUGGAACCUGACGGCUCUGCUGCAUUUGGACUUUUCAAAAGCCUAACUUUCUUAUGAGAAAAAAAUGUAAAUUGCUUUCUAAAGAAUUGCUACGAUUGAUGAUUCUAUAAAAAGGUCUGUACACACUCCGGAAAUAAAAAAAAAUAUAAAAACA